AAAUAAGUGAAAAUUAGGCCGACGGAUAGGUUGAUAGGGAUGAAAACGUAGGAGCUGGUGAAUGGCCAGUGGAAUUGUAAAAUUUGUAUCUGAAACCUUUUGAGGAAGUACCCUAGUCGAACUUUUUCACCAUGACCUCAACUACAGAAGAAAAUGAUAAAGAGAAGCUCCGGUCUGUGUCCGUGGACCUGAACCAUGAUUCCUCCCUUCUCAUUGACAUUCCAGAUGCCCUUUGUGAGCGAGAUAAGGUCAAGUUCACUGUCCACACCAAGACCACGCUCAGUUCCUUUCAGAAGCCGGAUUUCUCUGUGUCGCGCCAGCAUGAGGACUUCAUAUGGCUUCACGACACGUUGGUGGAGACGGAGGAUUAUGCUGGUCUCAUUAUCCCCCCCGCGCCCCCAAAGCCAGACUUUGAGAGUCCGAGAGAGAAGAUGCAUAAGCUGGGGGAGGGGGAGGCCACUAUGACCAAGGAGGAGUACACCAAGAUGAAGCAGGAGCUCGAGGCAGAGUAUCUGGCUGUGUUUAAGAAGACGGUUCAGGUGCAUGAAGUCUUCCUGCAGAGGCUCUCCUCCCACCCGGUCUUCAGCAAGGACAGAAACUUCCAGAUCUUCCUGGAGUACGACCAGGAUCUCAGUGUGAGGAGAAAAAAUGCCAAGGAGAUGUUUGGUGGUUUCUUCAAGAACAUGGUGAAGACUGCCGAUGAAGUCAUCAUAUCAGGGAUUAAGGAAGUGGACGAGUUCUUUGAGCAAGAGAAAACUUUCCUGCUCGAUUAUUACAGCAAGAUCAAGGACGCCACUGCCAAGGCGGAAAAAAUGACACGCUCUCAUAAAAAUGUUGCUGACGACUACAUUCACGUCUCUGCGACUUUGAACAGCAUGUGCGCAGAAGACAACACCCUCUUGAAAAAGCAUCUGGAGAAGUUUUCGGAUCUGUUGGAGAAGCUAAGGAAAGUGGAGGGCAGAGUUGCGUCAGACCAGGAGCUGAAACUCACCGAGCUGCUGCGGUAUUACCUGAGGGAUAUCCAGGCUGCAAAGGACCUGUUGUACAGACGUGCGCGAGCCCUGGCCGACUAUGAGAACUCCAACAAGGCCCUGGACAAGGCGCGGCUGAAGGGCAAAGACAUCGCCCAGGCCGAGGAGACCCAGCAGCAGUGCCUCAAGAAGUUUGACAAGCUCUCGGAGUCGUGCAAGAAAGAGCUGACGAGCUUCAAGGGCAGGAGGGUGGUGGCCUUCCGCAAGAACCUGAUUGAGAUGGCCGAGCUGGAGAUAAAGCACGCCAAGAACAGCGUGUCUCUUCUCCAGGGCUGCAUUGACAUGCUCAACAGCAACUGAUCAUGGGGCUUUGGUCACCUUCCUUGACCAACCUCGUUUAGAAGGGAACCUGGACCAUUUUUUGCCCUGAUAGGGUUAAAAAAAGAAACCACUUUGGCGACCUGCACAAGAGCAGCUGACAAGGCUGCCUGGUUGUUUACAGACCCACUCCCCACCCCCCACCCCCCCCACUUAUUUUGUCUGGCUUGUUUGGGGCAUGUCUCUGCUCGGUUGUGCAUGGGAUUGAAAAUGACCUUAGAGAACCUGAUAGCAACUAUUGUCUUUUUCCAUAUCUCAGAUGUGUAAUGGCCCCCCAUUUCAGCUGUCCUUCUCAAAUGCCUUCAUUUGUUGGCAUGCUUAUGCAUUUUAUGUGUGUGUGGAAUGGUCUUUCUCUUCUUUCUUUUUUUUGUUUUUUGACUAAAACCUCUUGCUUAUCUAAGCUCGCAUAGUGUGAGUCUAAGAGUUUGCAGAGACAACCUGCCAAACCAUUCACCGCCAGCGUUUCGCUGCAGACCACUGAACCUGAACGAGUUUGAGAAGUUUUUUUUUUUUAAUGCAGUGCAUUUGCUGCUCUUCCUGACUUCUCCGGGGUGACAUUUUUCUUUCAUGACUAAAGUGUUAUCGAGAGACAGCUGGUCAACUGCUGCUGUUUCAAAGAGUAUAAUACGCCAGAAGAAGUCAAGCAGUGGUUUUAUAACUGUGUAACCGUGCUAUUGUUGAAGGGGUGAGCAGGGAUGCUCUGACAUUCGUGCCUAAGAGUAAGGUUUCUUGUCCUCUCGGUUGGAGUAUGAUUGCAGCUGCGCUAGGCCUAACCACGCUAAAAAUGAUUGUUGAAACUCAUCCAUCACACACAAACAGAAGAUCCGGAAUUCUGUGUGACCACAGGAAUGCUGACCUGGAAUUAUGGUCUCAGUCCGUCUCGUUGCCUCCUCGAGCACGAGGCCAAGCCCUUCCCAUCCUUACUAGUCCACGGCUAUUCCUGAGAUCGCGCUGCCGUUUUGGUCCCACAGGCCGCGGCCUGCUAAAAGGAUCUCUCUCUCUUUCAGCAAGAUGAUUGGCUCCAGUCAGCCACAGAUGGUUUUCCAGCAGUGGUGUUUAGUGUGUGUAUGCGUGUGUGUGUGUGCAUGCGUGUGUGCGUGCAUGCAUGUGUGUGUGUGUGCGUGUGUGUGUGCGCGCGCGUGUGUGUGUGUGUGUGUGUGCAUGCGUGUGUGUGCGUGCGUGCGUGCGUGCGUGCGUGCGUGCGUGCGUGCGCGCGUUUUGUGUGUGUGUGUGGUGAAUCAUGCAGAAUCCAGCAGUGGUGUUUUGUGUGUGUGCGUGCAUGUGUGUGUGUGUGUGUGUGUGUGUGUGUGUGGUGAAUCAUGCAGAGUCAGCCCCCCCCCCCCCCAACCCCAACCCCAACCCCAACCCCCCCUCUCUGUUUUUCUGUCCUACUACCCCAGUCUGGACACACAGGCAUGCAGAAGAGUUAGCCAGCCGUGCUCUCACAAGUCCAGCAGAGAACACUCUCUUUUUCAGCUGCCCUGCGCUUCUCACACCGCGGGUUGGUCAACCGCGGCAGGUGCCUGUAUACUCUUGCGAAGUGAAGACGGUGAUGGCAGUGUGACCUGUGACCCCAACCCUCUCGCGCACUUACAUGCUUUUUUUUAUACGCCUACUAAUUAUGCUCCGCUAGCUCCUUGUGGUAUAAUUUGUGUACCCUUUUGCUCGUCAUUGUAACGCUAUACUUGCCUUUCUUUUUACCAGACUAAAAGUAAGAUUCAAGCUUUCGCUUUGUUUUAUUUGUAUUGUUACUGAUGCAAACGUUGGUCUUACGGAAGACUAAUGGUUGAAUAUGUCAAUAGUGGACCAAAAGAGUUUAUAUUGUGAUAUGACAGAAGAUUUUUGGAGGACAAAAAAAGCAAUUUAUACACGAACCACUGAAGCAAUAAUGCAAUCAUGGCCAGGUCUAGUAGCUGAAAAAGAAAAAAAAAAAAAGAUUUUUGAUAAUUGAAUGUAUUUGUAAUGGAAUGCAAAUAUCUUUUCACGUGGGCUUCUCCUUUUUCGAAGAGGAACCCAGCGAGAAUUGCAAUAAUGACAUUAAAAGAUUCCUACUGCCUCA